AUGGGUCAAUGCAAUGGCAGUCCGUUUUAUCAAGAUGUGUCUGUUCUCCAGGAUUCGUCAAUGGAAGCAGCAGCAGCAUCAGCUUUGGCAAACAAUGAUAACCGCACCUAUUCUGCACGGAACGGCAAUAUACUGAGCGGCGAUCAGUUGGGUUCUUCAUCAUCCAUGGCCAACCAGGGUUCUCUAGCUAAAUUCCGUUCCGGGGUUUCUGGCAAUUUGAACCAUGGAAAUACUUCAUUAGAUGCUACAAGCAGUGUUCAGAGCUUUUCCGCGUCAUUCAGUACUAGACAUUCUCUGUCAAAUAACGAAUCUUUUGUUGGAACAUCUCCAGUUGAUUCUGGUUUCGGUUACCAUAGAAGUUCUUCUUCUGUUCUUAGAAAUCCAUCAACGGCAGCAGCAUCAGCUUCAACAACAACCUUAAAUUCGCUUUUUCUGGACAAAAUGCUAGACAAUUGGAGUAUACAAAAGUUGCAUAAACUUCUUACUGGUGAUGCAACACUUAUUUAUGAAGUUAAUCCAGAUGAACUAUUUGUGAUGGCUACACUUAAGGUCGGUUCUAACUACUUGCUGGACAUUCUUAGUAACAGCAGAGACGGACUAAUUCCCGAGAAGAUAACCAAAUUAAUCUUUUGUAACCUCAUCCAUUUGAUGAGUGAUCAAUUUGGCAGUGUCGUCUUUAAGAAACUUCUGUCAUCAGUUACUGACGAAACCCUGAUAAAAGACAUCGUGCAAAACGUGGUAUUUCAAAGAAAACCACUAAUCCAAGCAGCAACAACGGAACUCGGGGUAUUUUCAAUCCAGGAGCUUAUGAAAAUAGCCAAGAAGGUAAACAAAGAUCUGGUAAACAAGUUGAUGUCUGUCUGGGGAGAUAGAGAACUACUGGAUGUGAUGAAGAACAAAUGUGGUAGCCGUUUGAUCAAAUUUUUCUUGGAGUUUCUGAAUUUAUACCAAAAAAUGUUGAUUUACAUUGUGCCGAUGAACGAGGUUUCUCUCAAUGAAUUAGCUACAGCUAAACAAGGAUGCAUUACCCUCCAAAUUAUCAUGGAAAACCUACAGAAUCCUUUCCGAGAUAAACUUCUGGAGAACAUCUCGAAUGCGGCUCACUUGCUUUCGUAUCAUCAAUGCGGGAACUUUGUUAUACAACAUGUAAUCAGGUUGGAUAGUCCUAUGUACACUUUCACUGAAAUCAUAUGUAAAAAGCUCAGAGGCCACUAUGUACAACUAUCAAUGGAUAAAUGUGGCAGCUAUGUUGUGGAAAAAUGUAUUUAUUCAACUGUAAUAGGAAUGCAAUUAGCGUCAGUUGAUUUUCUGAUAAACGACACACUCGUCGAACUAGUCCAAAAUCAAAACGGAAACUACGUCGUUCAAACGUUACUUGAAACCACAAAGAUAAAGGACCAGUCACUCUAUCGAAUGCUUUUUUUUAAGUUAAAGCAAUACUCGAAGGACAUUCAGAACCAUCCACAUGGAAGCAAUGUAUACAAUUUGAUAAAUGGCGGAAAAAGCAACAAAGGAGGCAGCAAACUAUACUGA